AUGUCGUCCUGGACGCUGCACUCGCACAGAGGCCGCUCGAGCUGGAAGCACAGCUGGACGGCGCGGGCGCUGUCGUCCGCCUCGCUCCCGCCGGCGCGCCUGCUGGCCUUCUUCGCCAUCGUCGUCUCCUUCCUCGCCGCCUCCUCCUACGUCGACUACCGGGCCGUCGAGCGCCGCGCCGAGAUCGGCGCCCGCGUCUUCGCCGCCCCGCUCGCCGCCAUGGCCGUCUUCCUCCUCUUCGCCGCGAUCGGGCACUGGCGCCGCCGCACACGCUGGACGCUCCGACGACACGCGCCGGCGGCCACCGCAGUGCCGGCCUCGUCGUCGCACGCGUCCUCGGGGGCGUCGCCGUGGGGCGUGGCGGCCAUGGUAGCGGUGCUGCUGGUGAUGGUGUCGUUCCAGCCAUCGGUGCACGCCAUGUGGUUCCGGCCGCUCUGGGGUUCAGACUACGACUCCUAGACCAGUUCGUGUGUAAAACUGUCGGUGUGUCAGUGUGUGUAUACAUCAUCCUUCUUA